AUGCAACAAAUGAAGCAAGAAGGGGUUCAACCUGAUAUCCGGACCUACACAUCUUUCAUCAAUGCUUGUUGUAAAGCUGGAUAUAUGCUUAGAGCAGGGAAAACAAUGAAGGAAAUGGAGGCAGCGGGAUUGAACCCCAAUUUGAAAACCUACACAACCCUAAUCCAUGGGUGGGCCCGGGCUUCACUUCCUGAAAAAGCUUUAAAAUGCUUUGAGGAUAUGAAAGCUGCAGGAUUAAAACCUGAUGGAGCUGUCUACCAUUGUUUGAUGACAUCGUUGUUAUCAAGAGCUUCAGUAGCUGAAGACUAUAUUUACUCGGGUGUUCAACACAUCUGUGCUGAAAUGGUGGAAUCGGGUUUAACGGUUGAUAUGGGGACAGCUGUCCACUGGGCCCGCUGUUUAAGGAAGAUUGAAAGAGGUGGCGGUGAUAUCACUGAAGCACUUCAGAAGACGUUCCCGCCUGAUUGGAACUCACAGAAUAUGCUUGAUGAAAUUUAUGGGGUGGAGGUUAGUGAUGGUGAUGAUGGAGGAUUGGUUUAUGAUGAUGAGGAGGAUGAUUCUGAUGGAGAUUUUGAUUGAGUGUAUGUAUAUGUGGUGAAUGUAUUUGAUGGAAUAAUGUUUUAAUGAUUUGUAUUUUAUGCUAUGGAAGUUGUACAUGUUCUCUAUUAGUUAGACGUG